AUGCAGAAGGUGGAAAUUGCUAUCCGAGUCCUUGGCACAUGCUACGCAGUGGGCAUUGGCGUCAUGAUCCUUCGCUUGCAGGGCGAGGAUACCAGCUACAUCAUGCUGCAAGUGGUGUUUACCAUGGUCUUCACGUGUCCUUGCUUGUGGGCCAUAAUUAGGUGCUGUCGUGACUACGCUGCUCGACGGAGGAUGGUGGUGCUGCCCGAGAAGAAGGUCAAGAAGAAGCCCGACAUCGCCGUGGCCUCGGACAAGGCCGUGCAGCGAACGCAGGCUGAGAUCCUUGCGGAACAGCGCGAGCGUGUCAAGAAUCUCCACGGCGUGGCCGAGAAGAAACGUAAACUUAAGGCGCCCAAACGCAAGGGCCCUCCCUCCAAAAAGCACUGA